AUGGCUGCUGUUCAUCCUCCACAGACUCCUGCCAGACCGGUGCCUGGAGUAUGGCCUCAAACUCCCGCCGCGCGACCUCAGCCGGCCCCUCCCUCGUUCCAGUCUCCCGGCACCUCUCUUUCACGCCCCAGCCUGUCGCAUUCCAAUUCAACCACGACCAUUGCAACCAGACCCUUGGAUGCUUCUGUACAGCCCUCGGUCAGACAACCGGAGUCGCUAGAACCAGUUGAGCGAGCCGCAAAGACCAUCAAUGAAGCCCUGGUCAGCGAGUCCCGGUUUCCAGACAUCGAUACCUAUCUUUCUCAGGGCGCCUCUGCAGACUACGACAUUCAGGCUUCUAAUACAUGGGCUCCAUUUCAAGAGGCUGGUCAGUACAACAUACCAGAUGAUGUCUUGGAGCAGUACAAUAAUGCGCAAUUGAGUACGAGCAUGGGAUUGUUCGCCGAGUUGAGGCAUGCAUGGGUAACGAUUGACAAUGCUCUGUAUUUAUGGGAUUAUACAGCGCCCAGACCCGAGCUGUUGGGCUUUGAAGGUCAGCACAACAGUGUUACUGCUGUUGCAUUGGCUGUUCCGCGCCAGGGUGUGUUUCUACCCAAUGUCAAACAUGUCAUUGUCAUUGCCACCUCUCAUGACAUUUCGCUAUUGGGAUUGGGCUCGGAUCCUAGCCCCGGUGCAGCAGCUGGCCUAUCUCUCUUCCAGACUGGCAUGUCCACCUCGGUCAAAGGCUUAGAGAUCGCUGUCAUUGCUGGCUCACGCAAAACAGGUCGGAUCUUCUUUGGAGGUCGUUUUGACAAUGAACUCUAUGAAUUGUCUUACCAGCAAGAAGACGGAUGGUUCUCAAGUCGCUGUUACAAGACUUGUCGAAGUUCUGGAGCUGCCAAAACUUUGGGAUUCUCCAUACCUGGAUUUUCGGGCAAGUAUACUGAACACGUCGCGCAAAUAGUCAUCGAUGAUAGUCGCAAUCUGUUGUACACGCUCUCCUCUGCCUCCAACAUCCGAGUCUUUCACUUGCACCCGGACGGCUCACUACCUUUGAUGAUCACCAAGCCUUCCACCGAGAUAUACUCUAAUAUUGGUCAUAUAAUCAGCGUCAACGAAACUCUAAACGCGCAGAUCAAAAUUGUCUCGAUAUCAGUCAUCCCAGCCUCCGAAGGCACAAAAUAUCAUCUUAUGGCCACAACAUCAACCGGAUAUCGAAUAUACCUCAGUGCGACGAGCUCGGGCUAUUGGGAUUCUAGUAGGAUCGGUGGACCGCUCAGUAUGCAGGCACAACAUGUCAAGCUCCCUCCACGGACUGGCAAUUCACUUGCUCUGACGGUGCAAGACAAUGGCCAGCCACAGUUCAACCCCAAUCAUCCCAUAAAGACUCUAGAACAUACCAGACUUGCAGUGAGAUAUUCGCCAGGAUAUUUCUUUUGCCUCACACCAACCCCCACGAACAAAGAGUACGACCAGUUGUUUGUUUCGUCUCCGGAUGCUGCCAAGCUGGCCCGGGCACCUGAAGCAGGACAACCGAAUCGAACAGCGGAAUCUGGCAUUUGGCUGUCACUUGGUGGAAGCCGAGCUGAGGAUAUUGGAGUCGUGGUUCCAUAUUCUGCACCAACCUCAACACCGAUAGGGUAUGGAAAUGACCUUGCUGUUCAAUUUGACAAGCCUGUCCCAGAGAUUGCCAUCCUGACAAACAAUGGUGUGCAUGUUAUCAGACGGCGCCGCCUGGUGGAUGUUUUUGCUUCUCUCGCAAGAGAGGGUGGUGGGCCAGAAGGAUUCCAGAACGAGAUCAAUAACCUGAUUCGAGCAUAUGGAAGAACAGAAACACUCGCGACUGCUCUCGCGGUUGCUUGCGGUCAGGGCGCUGAGGUGACCAAGAAUGUCGACUCAAUCCGGGUUAAUGACCCUGAAGUGCUCGACCUUGCUCGGAAAACCUUCAUUGAAUAUGGUGGCAAACCUAGCAUCAAUCAAAAUUCAAUACCAGACAAGUCUGUCCCUCUAAUAGAUGCGGUAAGACCUUCGCCUCGACAUGCAGCCAUUGCGUUAUAUCUGUCUCGACUAUUGAGAUCGACUUGGAGAACCGCGAUAGCCGUGGGUACCACGACACCUGCCGGUCCCCAGAUCACGUCUGCUGUUCCUGCAACGACAAUACGAGAUGUGCAGGAAGCUCUUUCCUCGUUGCAAAGAUUUUUCAAGACAAACAAGACUUUCAUUAAGGGUUUGAGUGGCCCUGAUGAUCUAUCGAAUACAAGCACCAAAGAUGAUGAAAUUGCCCUCAAAGGUGAACAUCGAGCUUUGCAUUCGUUGGUCAAGUUCACCUCGGAUACCAUAGAAGGACUGUCUUUUGUUCUAGCCUUGUUUGAAGAAAAGGUAGCCGAGAUAGUUCCUCUCCUACCAGAAGCCUCAAGAUCUGAAUUCAUGAGAUUGACCUUUGAAGAACUGUUCACAACGAAAAAGGGCUAUGAUCUGGCCAAGGAACUUGUCAAGGCUAUUGUUAACCGCAAUAUCGACAAAGGAUCCAACGUUGAAACGGUAGCGGAAUCACUUCGAAGGAAGUGUGGAAGUUUCUGUAGUGCUGACGAUGUCGUUAUCUUCAAGGCACAAGAACAGCUCAAGAGAGCUGCUGAGGCGAGCGGUAAUGUCGAGUCCUCACGCAAUCUCUUGAAUGAUAGCCUGAAGCUCUUCGAACAAGUGGCUCACAGUCUUCCAAGUGACUAUCUACAAUCUGCUGUCAAGCAAUACACCACACUACAGUUUUAUGCUGGAGCUAUCCAACUUGUCCUGAAGGUGGCCAACGAGAAAGACAAGGCGAAUGAUGCCUCGUCUUGGAUGGCAGAUGGUAAACCAGAAACAGAUUCAAGAAAGGCAAAAUUCGAUUUGCGACGUCAAUGUUACGACCUUAUUCAUGAUGUUGUGACUGCAGUGGAUGAUGCCAGCGAGAAGAGCCCGAAUUUUGUGGAUGGGCGGCCUACCCUGGUCGCCACAAGAAGAAAUGAGGCAUAUGAUGUGAUCAGUCGAUCUCGAGAUGAAGUCUUCUUGACCAAUCUCUAUGAUUGGUAUCUAGAGCAAGGCUGGUAUGAUAGAUUACUGGCAACAGACUCAGCAUUCAUCCCCACUUAUCUACAACGAAAGUCUUCCGAAGACAUCACCUACGCAGAUCUCUUGUGGAAGUACUAUGGUCAAAUCGGCCAAUUUACUGAAGCAGCAAAGAUACAAUUACACCUUGCCAAGAGUGUUUUCAGAUUGUCACUAGAAAAGAGGAUCGAAUACCUGAGUAGAGCGAGAGCGAAUGCAUCGACUUAUACUCCUGGUGCGAACCGAAAAAUCAAACAACAAUUGCUGCAAGAGAUCUCCGAAUGUCUCGAUAGUGCGAUGAUUCAAGACGAGAUCCUCCAGCGUCUCAAGGAUGAUCCACGCCUGACCGAUGAACGAAGACAAGAAAUCCUUGAUUCCUUGGAUAGUGAAAUUCUAGACAACACUCAACUAUUCAACAGCUACGCUGACAAUGCUGGCUAUUACGACAUCUGCAUCCUCAUCUAUCAAGUCGCCGACUUCCGAGAUCCAGCCCAAAUCAAAGGCACAUGGCAGCAGCAAAUCGAACUCGUCCACCACAAGACCAUCAGCGAAGGCGAGUGCCAGCCCUACGAAGCCGUGGGCGUGACAGUCCAAAGCUUAGGUAGCAAACUCCGGCUCUCAGAGACGACAUUCCCCGUCGACACCCUCCUCCCCAUGCUACUGGUCUACUGGUACCACAAUCAGCGCGACGUGACAGGCCCGCGAUGGGUGACCGACAUCUUCCUGGAAUUGGAAGUUCCGUACGAACGCAUCUUCGAAGUACUCGAGAACAUGCUCUUCUCCACCACCGAGCCACCAUUCAUUGGCUCGAAUCGCAAAUAUAUCGCGUCAGAAAUCGCGUACGUUGUUGCUAAGUGGUACCGUGAGUCGGAACGUGCAGGGACUUGUGUAUUUGGCAGUGAAGCUAGUGCCGCGCGUGUCAGAGAGGCGUUGGACGCACUGCUACAUGAAGGCAGAGCGGCAGCGCUCGAUGACGAGACGACUUCGACUUGUCGUGCUGUUAUUGCCAGGCUCGGUGAGCUUGGGCUCUAA